UUGGGUUUGCCACAAUUUUUCUCUGUGCAAUAAUAGUAGUUUGGCUGAAAAAAGAUAGAAGUGAUAGGCGUAGACUCCCCCCAGGACCUAGAGCAUUGCCCAUAGUAGGCCAUUUUCAUCUCCUGAUAGACAAAGAAAAGCCCUUUCAUAGAAUUCUUGAUUCACUCAAAAGUUUAUGGACCCAUUAUGCACCUCAAAUUUGGUAGCCGCCCAGUUUUGAUUAUCAGUUCAUCAGAGCUAGCCAAAGAAUGUUUUACAGUAAAUGAUUUAUCUUUUUCUUCUAGGCCUCGUCUUACUCAGGGAAAGCAUCUGGCUUACAAUUAUAUGCUUGUGGGGUGGGCUCCUUAUGGCUCCUACUGGAGAAAUGUUAGAAAAAUUUGUGCUCUUGAGCUUCUUUCUGCCAAACAGAUCCAAACAUACCGACCCAAGAGAAUGAGGCAGAUUUGUAAAACUCUGAAUAUUCUGUUUCAACAUGCUCAGAUGAAAACCACAGUUAAUAUGAGAAGUGUUUUGUCCCAGAUGACUUUGAAUGUUUUGAUGAGCAUGAUAAUGGGUGAUCGGUAUUUUGGAGAGCAAGAGGGGGUAUCAUAUGCAGAAAUUGCACAUCUGGUUGAAGAGUCUUUUAUGCUCCAUGGGAUUGUCAAUACUGGGGAUUAUAUUCCCUUGUUGAAAUGGCUUGAUUUGCAAGGGUAUGAGAGGGCAAUGAAGAAGGUGCAGGGGAAAAUCAAUCCUUACAUGCAGAAAAUAGUGGAGAAGCAUCGAGAAAAUCCUCGAGAAGAGAAGGAAGAGAUGGACUUCAUAGAUGUGCUCAUCUUGCAGGCUGAGGAGAAUAGUGAAGCGAUCCCUAACAAAGAUACCUUCAUCAAAGCCACUGCUGUGAAUAUAUUUAGUGCAGGUUCAGAUACUUCUUCACUUGCCUUAGAAUGAGCAUUGUCACUAUUAAUAUUGCAUCCCACCAUAAUGAAGAUGGCCCAAGAGGAGCUUGAUUCCAAAAUUGGAAAAAGUAGAUUAGCAGAAGAGUCAGAUAUGCCAAAACUAAAAUACUUGCAAGCAAUAGUCAAGGAAACAUUGCGUCUUUUCCCACCCGAGCCUUUACUUG